GAGUCCCUGGGACUGCAGCCCCAAUUAAGGAAAAGCUGUAUUCUGCUUCCUUCUGUAAGCAGCAUCGACUUGUGCAAGAGUUCAGUCAUGCAGCCGCCACCCCAGGCGGUCCCGUCUGGUGUGGCUGGGCCACCUCCAGCCGGGAAUCCUCGGAGCGUGUUCUGGGCUAGCAGCCCUUACAGGAGACGGGCCAAUAAUAAUGCACCAGUGGCUCCGAUAACUUGCCCGUUGCAGCCGGUCACGGAUCCAUUUGCUUUUAGUAGACAGGCGCUCCAAAGUACACCGGUAGGCAGUUCGUCCAAAAGCAGCCUGCCUGUCUUGCAAGGCCCAGCCCCGUCAGGCUUUUCUCAGCACCCCGGUUUGCUUGUGCCUCACACACAUGCCAGAGAUAGCGCUCAGGGACCCUGUGAGCCCCUGCCUGGACCUCUGAUACAGCCCAGAGCAGAUGCCAGUCCGUUUUCUGGUGUGUUGACACCUUCAGCACCUCCUGGGCCUGAGAUGAACAGGAGCACAGAGGUCGGUCCCAGUUCAGAGCCUGAAGUUCAGACUCCGCCAUAUCUGCCUCACUACAUUCCAGGAGUGGAUCCUGAACCGUCUCAUGGGGGCCAUUCUCAUGGGAACAUGCCUGGGCUCGACCGACCCCUGAGCAGGCAAAACCCACAUGAUGGUGUGGUCACCCCAGCAGCAUCCCCUUCCUUCCCCCAGCCUCGUCUGCUGAUGGCGGGACAGUGGGGGCCAGUGCAGGGAGGCCCACAGCCCUCGGGGCAACAUCGUUCACCCUGCCCUGAAGGACCUGUUCCCAGCGGGGUGCCCUGUGCCACCAGCGUUCCUCAUUUCCCCACCCCGUCCAUCCUACAUCAGGGCCCUGGUCACGAGCAACACAGCCCUCUGGUGGCUCCCCCAGCAGCCUUGCCCAGUGACAGAAGAGACGAGGUGGGCCACUUGCAAACUGGAAGCCACCUGGCCAAUAACUUUGAUCCUGAAAAUACAUUCAGGCAAAAUCCCAGAAUUGUGAAUCAUUGGGCAAGCCCAGAGCUCAGGCAGAAUCCAGGAGUGAAGAAGCAGCACCAGCCCGCCUCUGCUCUUGUGAACCCCCUCGCCCAAGGAGAUAGCCCAGAACACCACACGCACCAUCCACUGGGGGCCGGGGCCGGGGCUGGCUGUGCUCCGCUGGAAGCGGACUCGGGAGCCUCAGGAGCUCUGGCGAUGUUUUUCCAAGGGGGAGAGACAGAAAAUGAGGAGAAUCUCCCAUCUGAAAAAGCAGGCUCAUCUGGUCAAGCAGACUUUGACGAUUUCUGCUCCAGCCCUGGACUGGGCCAUCCGCCUGCACCUGCACACAUGGGGGCGGGCAGCCUCUGCCAGGCCCUUCUCCCAGGCCCCAGCAAUGAGGCUGCUGGUGAUGUAUGGGGUGACGCAGCGGGCACAGGGCUGUCGGAUGCCAGUGGCUCGCAGUAUGAGAAUGUUGAGAACUUAGAAUUUGUUCAGAAUCAAGAAGUUCUGCCAAGUGAGCCCCUCAAUUUGGACCCUUCCUCCCUGAGUGACCAGUUCAGAUAUGGGCCCCUUCCUGGGCCAGCUGUGCCCAGGCAUGGUGUUGUGUGUCACGCCGGAGCCCCUGACGCCACGCUGCACACAGUACACCCCGACAGUGCGUCAUCCAGCUACAGUAGCAGAAGCCACGGAAGGCUCUCGGGCUCAGCCAGGCCCCAGGAGCUGGUUGGCACGUUCAUCCAGCAAGAAGUUGGAAAACCUGAGGAUGAAGCUUCAGGUAGUUUUUUUAAGCAAAUCGAUUCUUCUCCCGUAGGAGGCGAAACAGACGAGACCACUGUGAGCCAGAAUUACCGGGGCAGCGUGUCCCAGCCCUCAACCCCAAGCCCCCCGAAACCUACAGGAAUAUUUCAGACAAGUGCAAAUAGUUCUUUUGAACCGGUAAAAUCCCACUUAGUUGGGGUGAAACCAUUUGAGGCAGAUCGCGCCAACGUGGUUGGUGAAGUAAGGGAGACCUGUGCCCGCCAGAAGCAGUGCAGACCAGCUGCCGCCCUGCCCGAUGCUUCUCCUGGCAACCUGGAGCAGCCACCAGACAACAUGGAGACCCUCUGUGCACCCCAGGUCUGUCCCCUGCCUCUUAACUCCACCACGGAAGCUGGGCACGUGCUUCCACACGCAGGGGCGCCGCCCUUGGAUACUGUGUAUCCGGCACCGGAGAAGAGACCUUCAGCCAGGGCCCAGGGGCCCGUGAAGUGUGAGAGCCCAGCAACGACUCUGUGGGCGCAAAGUGAGCUGCCAGAUUUUGGAGGCAACGUCCUUCUGGCCCCUGCAGCCCCGGCGCUUUAUGUGUCUGCGAAACCUCAGCCACCUGAAGUUGUUCAGCCUCCAGAAGAGGCGAUGUCCGGGCAGCAGUCACGGAAGCCAAGCUCGGUGGCCCCUGUGCAGAGCCGAGACGGCAUUGGUGCUUCGGAGAACCUUGAGAAUCCUCCCAAAAUGGGAGAGGAGGAGGCCCUUCAGUCCCAAGCGAGUUCUGGUUAUGCAAGUUUAUUAUCCUCACCGCCCACUGAGUCUCUGCAGAAUCCGCCAGUCUUGAUUGCCCAGCCUGAUCACAGCUAUAAUCUGGCUCAGCCCAUUAACUUUCCUAUGUCCUUAUCGAACUCUAAUGAGAAGAAUCAGUCCUGGAGAGAGGCUUUGGUGGGGGAUAGACCUGCAGUCGGCAGUUGGGCUCUCGGUGGUGAUUCUGGGGAGAACAAUUCUUUGUCUGGGAUUCCAACCGGCUCUGUCCUGAGCUCGUCUCUGCCUAGCAGUGUUGCCCAGAGUAAUUUUCCACAAGGUUCUGGUGCUUCCGAAAUGGUUUCUAAUCAGCCUGCUAAUUUGCUGGUUCAACCACCAUCCCAGCCAGUUCCAGAGAAUUUGGUUCCGGAAAGUCAAAAGGAUCGUAAGACAGGAAGUGCUCUUCCCGGAUUUGCUAAUAGCCCUGCUGGAAGCACAAGUGUGGUGUUAGUUCCACCUGCACACGGCACCCUGGUGCCUGAUGGUAAUAAGGCAAACCAUUCCAGUCAUCAGGAAGACACUUAUGGAGUCCUAGACUUUUCCUUAAGCAGGACUUUGGAAAAUCCUGUAAGCAUGUACAGCCCAUCCCAUUCUGACAGCCUCGCUUCUCAGCAAACUGUUGCCAGUCAUCCCAGACAAUCUGGGCCCGGGGCACCUAACCUUGACCGUUUUUAUCAGCAGGUCACGAAAGAUGCCCAGGGCCAGUCUGGCCUCGAAAGAGCCCAGCAGGAGCUGGUGCCACCCCAGCAACAGGCUUCCCCACAAGUACCCAAAGCCACGUUGUCAGAGCUGUCAAAUCCAGAGAGUCUGCCAGCACAGGGACAGGCCCAGAACUCAGCACAGCCACCAGCAAGUCUGGUUCCGGCUGACGCAGGUCAGCAGCUGCCGCCUCGGCCUCCUCAGUCCUCUAGCGCGUCGCUGGUGUCCACCGGCUCCGGCCAGGCAUCAGUGCCGUCAGAGCAGCCAUGGCCACAGCCGGUACCUGCACUUGCCCCCGGCCCACCGCCUCAGGACCUGGCCGCCUACUACUACUACCGGCCUCUGUACGAUGCGUACCAGCCUCAGUACCCCUCGCCAUACCCACCGGAGCCUGGCGCAGCCUCCCUCUAUUACCAGGAUGUCUACGGCCUCUACGAGACUCGAUACAGGCCCUAUGACAGUGCUGCGUCUGCAUACGCCGAGAACUACCGCUACCCCGAGCCCGAGCGGCCCAGCUCCCGAGCCAGCCACUCCUCGGAACGGCCACCUCCCAGGCAAGGGUAUCCUGAAGGAUACUAUAGUUCCAAAAGUGGAUGGAGCAGUCAGAGCGAUUACUAUGCAAGUUAUUACUCCAGCCAGUACGAUUAUGGAGAUCCAGGUCACUGGGAUCGUUACCACUACAGUGCCAGAGUCAGGGACCCCCGCACCUACGACCGGAGGUAUUGGUGUGAUGCAGAGUACGACAUGUACAGGAGAGAGCACUCUGCCUACGGGGACAGGCCCGAGAAACGUGACAACAACUGGAGGUACGACCCUCGCUUCACGGGGAGUUUUGACGACGACCCCGAUCCCCACAGAGACCCUUACGGGGAAGAGGUGGACAGGCGCAGCGUCCACAGUGAGCACUCGGCACGGAGCCUGCACAGUGCACACAGCCUGGCCAGCCGCCGUAGCAGCCUCAGUUCCCACUCACACCAGAGUCAGAUUUACAGAAGCCACAAUGUGGCUGCCAGUUCCUACGAGGCCCCGCUUCCUCCAGGCUCCUUUCACGGUGAUUUCGCCUACGGCACCUACCGCAGCAAUUUCAACAGUGGCCCCGGCUUCCCAGAGUAUGGCUACCCUGCAGACACUGUCUGGCCUGCCAUGGAGCAAGUUUCAUCAAGACCAACUUCUCCUGAAAAAUUUUCAGUGCCUCAUGUCUGUGCCAGGUUUGGCCCUGGCGGUCAGCUUAUCAAAGUGAUUCCCAAUCUGCCUUCAGAAGGACAGCCGGCCUUGGUGGAGGUCCACAGCAUGGAGGCCUUGCUGCAGCACACGUCUGAGCAGGAGGAGAUGCGGGCGUUCCCGGGACCCCUGGCCAAAGACGAUACCCAUAAAGUGGAUGUCAUUAAUUUUGCACAGAACAAAGCUAUAAAAUGUUUGCAGAAUGAAAACUUAAUUGACAAAGAGUCUGCAAGUCUUCUUUGGAAUUUUAUUGUUCUCCUAUGCAGACAGAAUGGGACCGUGGUAGGGACCGACAUUGCGGAGCUUCUGUUACGAGACCACAGAACAGUGUGGCUUCCUGGGAAGUCGCCCAAUGAAGCAAACCUGAUUGAUUUCACGAACGAGGCGGUGGAGCAGGUGGAAGAGGAGGAGUCUGGCGAGGCCCAGCUCUCUUUCCUCACUGGUGGUCCGAUGGCUGCCGCCAGCUCUCUUGAGAGAGAGACGGAGCGGUUCAGGGAGCUGUUGCUGUAUGGCCGUAAGAAGGAUGCUUUGGAGUCUGCAAUGAAGAAUGGCCUGUGGGGUCACGCUCUGCUCCUUGCAAGUAAGAUGGACAGCCGGACACACGCCCGAGUCAUGACCAGGUUUGCCAACAGCCUCCCAAUCAACGACCCUCUGCAGACAGUCUACCAGCUCAUGUCCGGGCGGAUGCCCGCCGCGUCCACGUGCUGUGGAGACGAGAAAUGGGGAGACUGGAGGCCGCACCUUGCCAUGGUCUUGUCCAACUUGAACAACAAUAUGGAUGUCGAGUCCAGGACGAUGGCUACCAUGGGCGACACUCUGGCUUCGAAGGGCCUCUUAGACGCGGCCCACUUUUGCUACCUUAUGGCCCAGGUCGGAUUUGGUGUUUAUACGAAGAAAACUACAAAGCUUGUCUUAAUUGGAUCAAAUCACAGUUUGCCAUUCUUAAAGUUCGCAACCAAUGAAGCAAUCCAGAGGACGGAAGCCUAUGAGUACGCCCAGUCCCUGGGUGCCCAGACCUGCCCCCUGCCUAGUUUCCAGGUGUUUAAGUUCAUCUACUCCUGCCGCCUGGCGGAAAUGGGGCUGGCCACGCAAGCCUUCCACUACUGUGAGGCCAUCGCGAAGAGCAUCCUGACGCAGCCGCACCUGUACUCCCCAGUGCUGAUCAGCCAGCUUGUGCAGAUGGCUUCCCAGUUACGACUCUUCGAUCCCCAGCUGAAAGAAAAGCCGGAAGAGGAGUCCUUGGCCGCACCCACGUGGCUGGUUCACCUGCAGCAGGUGGAGCAGCAGAUCAAGGAGGGGGCUGGAGUAUGGCAUCAGGACGGAGCCUUCCCGCAACAGUGUCCCGGCACGCCAAGCUCCGAGGUGGAACAGGACGGGGCAGGACUCAGUCAGCCAGCGGCCCUGGGGAUCGCCAACCCGCUGCUGGCCGUGCCUGCGCCGAGCCCUGAGCACUCGAGCCCCAGCGUGCGGCUGCUGCCCUCAGCUCCGCAGACGCUCCCUGACGGCCCGUUGGCCAGUCCUGCCAGGGUGCCAAUGUUCCCAGUGCCCCUGCCCCCGGGGCCCCUGGAGCCGGGUCCUGGCUGUGUGACCCCAGGGUCCGCACUUGGCUUCCCGGAGCCCUCCAGGCCUGAUCCUGCAGCGCUGUGCCCGGGGCCUGGCCUCCCGCCUAGUGUGCCGCCUCUGCAGGAAAGGAGACACUUGCUCCAGGAAGCCAGGAGCCCAGACCCAGGGAUCGUGCCGCCGGAGGCGCCUGUUGGAAACUCCCUUUCCGAGCUAAGCGAAGAAAAUUUUGGUGGAAAAUUUGCUACUCUGGCCCCCUCGAGGACGGCGCCAGACUCAGAGGCCCCCCCAGGGUGGGAUCGUGCCGACUCGGGCCCCACGCAGCCACCUCUGUCUCUCCCAUCCGCUCCCGAAACGAAGAGACCCGGACAAGCAGCCAAGAAAGAGACGAAGGAACCUAAGAAGGGUGAAUCCUGGUUCUCUCGUUGGCUACCUGGGAAGAAAAAGACAGAAGCUUAUUUGCCAGAUGACAAGAACAAAUCGAUUGUUUGGGAUGAAAAGAAAAACCAGUGGGUGAAUUUGAAUGAGCCAGAAGAGGAGAAGAAAGCCCCGCCCCCACCUCCAACCUCGCUGCCCAGGGCUGUGCAGGCUGCGCCGCCGGGUCUCGCAGGGCCUGCUGGAGCCCCGGUGAACGUGUUCUCUAGAAGAGCAGCCGGAAGCAGAGCUCGCUACGUGGACGUCCUGAACCCAAGUGGGACCCAGCGGAACGAGCCGGCUCUUGCUCCUGCGGACUUUGUCGCUCCACUCGCGCCACUCCCGAUUCCUUCCAACUUGUUUGUGCCGAGCCCAGAUGCAGAAGAACCACAGCCUCCAGAUGGGACUGGCAGGGAAGGGCCUGCACCAGCUAGGGGCCUGGCCAAUCUAGAGCCUGCCCCAGAGCCCAUGGUUUUAAGCUCUGCAGCGUCACUCCCUGGCUCUGAACUCCCCUCCUCUAAGCCUGAGGGUUCCCAGGGAGGAGAGCUUUCGCGCUGUAGUUCAAUGAGUUCAUUAUCACGUGAAGUGAGCCAGCAUUUUAAUCAGGUACCUGCGGCUGGUGAGGCUUUUGAGGAACAAAAACGAAGCCUUCAGCUUGUCGGCGCCAAUGGCCCAUGCAGUUCAUUAUGUGGACCAGCCCCUGUCACGCUGCGCCCGGGCACUGCCCACCCUGGGGGCAGGCAUGCAGAGGUCAUGCUGUUGAUUUUGUUCCAGGCCUGCGCCACCUCCGGGAGCUCAAGGCUAGGGAGAAUUGACCAGAGGAAGCACCUGGUGCUGAACUAGGCUUGCCCUGCUGUGAACUUGCACUUGGAGCCCUGACGCUGCUGUUCUCCCCGAAGAACCCGACCGACCGCCGCGAUCUCCGUCCCGCCCCCAGGGAGACACAGCAGUGACUCAGAGCUGGUCCCACGCUGUGCCUCCCUCCUCACCGCCCAUCAUAAUGAAUUAUUUUGAAAAUUAAUUCCACCAUCCUCUCAGAUACUGGAUGGAAAGACUGAAUCUUUGACUCAGAAUUGUUUGCCGAAAAGAAUGAUGUGACUUUCUUAGUCGUUUAGGAUGAUUUAAGGAUGUAGCAUUCCUGGUCAUUUAGGAAUGUUCAUUCGGCUGGAGCUGUCUCUGCCACAGGAGAGCCACACAGUCGGUAGCAGCCAGGGCCUCUCCAAGCCGAGCUGUGAGUCCCUGCCCAGUGAGUCCCGCACUUCCUUUAAGGUGCUGGGAGCAAAGAGUGACUGUCUGAGGCAGACCCCGACCCUGCUCUGCAGCGUCUGGGCCCUCGCCGUGUUUGAACCUGGCCGAAUGCGUGGAGGUCGCUGUGUUCUCAGUCAGCGUCUCUGAGGAGCCUCGGGGUUCCUUCGGCAUUAGUUCAGUUUUUGAGAGAGGCCCUAGUUACUGAAGUGAAUUUCUUUCCUGUAACAAAGACGUUUCCAGCCUCACUUUACUUUCUGUGGCCUGAUGAGGACCAUGGGUGAUUUUGUUCACCCAAAGCACCGGCGACUGCCCACCGUGUGGCCCAGUCACUGGGAAGGAGCCCCAGGGAGCCGGCUGUCUGACACGAUGGCUCAGGGUGGUCAUCCAGGGUGAAAACCGACGGUGUGAUGUUUGAUUUGGGCUUCAUUUUGCGUGUAGGAGCAUGGUUAGACUCAUUGUGAAGGGGGCUGGAUGCAGUUCUCUAAAAGGCUGCACUUUUCCUGGUGCAAUCCACGUGACCCACUUUCUCACCUGGGGGACAUUGGUUCAGGGGUUGGUAACAUCUUGGGGAGAGUAUCUUAACACAGUUUCUUGACAGCUGCUCUGGAACUUAUUUCUGCCCCAAGUUUUGCCACACUGAGACUUUGAGUAGCUCCUGGUGGACUCAGCCCUGUUGAACUCAGAGAGGGGCCUCCUCUCACUGAUGCAAAGCUUUAAGGCUUCUCUGACUGUUCUGAAAACUCUUCGUAUUCUUGUCAAGUCUAAAGAGACUGAAGAAAAGAUUUAAAUACUAAUAAAAAUCAGUAGAUAAUUUCUGUAGGUUCUGCUGGGGAAACAUAAACUGUUUGGUGUUUAAAUUUAAGUAUAGAAAUUGUAGAAUGUGGAAUUAGCACAGGCCCUUCCUGACUUUCUGUUUCACUUGAUCAUUUAGCCCAGACCACCCAGGAUGUUUUCCAAAAUGUUUCACAGGCGUGUCCCGCUGGAUCCAUUUGUCCUUGUCACUUGGAGAAAGGCCAGUCCCUGUGACGGGGCAGCCCUCUCUGUUCCUUGGUCAGCUCCUGUGAUUCCUGGGACCUCUUCCGGUCGGCCCUGCCCGCUGUUCUGGGGUCGACUGCCACGACUUUUGAUUCAAGAAGCUUCCUCCAGGCGGGAGCGGCUAUUUUUCCUAAAUGAGAAUUGUUACAUUGCAAAUUGUUGAAUAAAAUAUUUUGCGCUCCUUCAAGCACCUUCA